AUGUCGAGUGAGUGUUGCAGAUGUCGUCACCGUUGCAAUCAUUGGAAACUUCGGAAUUACUUAGCUUUUUGGUGUUUCGGUUUGGGUAAUAAUUUCUCAUAUGUUAUUAUGCUAAGUGCAGCUGUGGAUAUUAUACGAAAACAAGAUUCACAGAUUGAAUUCACUACGAACAUCAGUACAUAUCACAUAAACUGUACAAAGAUUGGGACGGGAAGUGUCCUGUUGGCAGAUAUACUUCCGAGUAUGAUUUUCAAGUUUAUUUCCCCAAUAUUCAUACAAAAACUUCAUUUCCACUUCAAAAUUUUAUGCGCUGUCCUACUGGCGAUUAAUAGUUUUCUGGUGGUUUCAUUUUCUCAGUCUUUCUCUACGAGUCUUUUUGGGAUUGUGUCGGCAAGUUUAUCUUCAGGAAUCGGAGAUGUUACUUUCUUAAGCAUGGUAGCUUUCUUUGACAAAUCUUGUAUUUCGGCUUGGGCAUGUGGAACUGGUGCAGCCGGUCUGAUUGGUUCACUUUAUUAUGUUAGUUUGACAUCAAUAACUACACCGGAAAUUACAUUAUGUAUUGUCAUUGUGGUUCCAUGUACUACAUUGUUAGUGUAUUUCUUCGUUCUAGACAGACCUCAUCAUGAAAAAUUUCGACUGUAUUUCAACCCUAUCGUUUCGUCGGACAAUUCCACGAUGUCAACAGAGAGGAUAAAUGCAUUGGUAACCAGUGAAGAGCCAGAGCACACUGAGAUUGAUGAUGACAAUGAUGUAAUAACUGAUUCCGACGGGUAUAUUCAACUGAGAAAUGAAGAUGAUAUGGUUUAUCAUGACAAUUCACAAGUUUCCAACUAUUCAUCUCUACCUGUUCUACAUCAACAACAGCCUACAUGGAAAAUAAAACUACAGCUGUUGAAGGGGAUGAUCAGUUCAUUAUUUUGUCUAGUUUCAGUUUAUUUCUUCGAAUAUUUAAUUAAUCAGUCAUUGUUUGAAUUACUUUACUUUCAAAAUACACGUUUAACUGCUCCAGAACAAUAUAGAUGGUAUCAAGUACUUUAUCAAAUUGGUGUAUUUUUAUCAAGGUCGUCAGUCAGUUUUAUUCAAUUUAAGACUACUUGGAUUAUGUCAUUGCUACAAGCUAUGAAUUUUGUAAUUUGUUUAUUACAAGUGAUCUAUUCUUAUAUACCAUAUAUAUGGAUAAUGUUCAUUGUGAUAUUUUAUGAAGGAUGCCUGGGUGGUUUAACUUAUGUUAACACAUUUUAUAAUAUUCUUCAAGAAACUUCUCCGAUCUACCGUGAAUCUGCAAUGGCAAUGGCAACUGUAUCUGAUUCAAUUGGCGUAGCUGGAGCUGGAUUCCUAUCCAUAUAUUUACAUAAUUGUUUAUGUAAUAUAUUAAUUUGA